AUGGCUACCGCCUUCGACUCGAUGUAUCUCCCGGGAGGCGAUUUCAGCGCCUCCCAUGACGACUUCUUGGACUUCGAGCCCAACUUCCAGACCAACCACUUCACCACUGUUAACUCCGGGGUCAACGAUGGCACAAUUUCGCCUACCGAUCUGUUCAAGGACGACGCUAUGAUCAUGUCGGCCCCGCCAUCGGCUGCUUUCCCUAACCUGAGCACUCCGGACUCGAGCUUCUUGGAGUCUCCCGCCAUGGCCAGCAGUGGUCUCAACACAUCCCCGCUGGAAGAUGGGGAACUCGAUGCCACCUUGAACUUCGCCGAACUUGACAGCAUGAUGCCACUUUUUCCUCAGAAUAGCAUGGAUCAGUUCGCCUGUCAGCCUUCGGCUGUCGAGCCUUUCCUGAAGUCCACCAGCGCUGUCAACUCUCGAACGGCCUCUGCCGCCCAAGAGACUGGUAUGGUCCGCCAAAAGUCCUCGCCGGGACGACCGCCCUCGCAACCAUAUCAUACUCGCAAGCGUUCCGAGACUCACGGUGUCUCCAAGGCUUCCAAGGCUCGCAAGAACUUGCCAGAAAUCACCAUCGAAAGUGAUGAUGACAAGGAGACUGCCAAGAGGAAGAAAAACACUGCCGCCGCUCGAAAGUCUCGUCAGCGAAAGCAGGAACACGCAGAGGCGGCCGAAGCGGAGAUUCAACGUCUCCGGGCCAUCAUCUACCGCCUUGGGGCUGAUCCUGAUGAGGAGAAACAAUGA